GGAUCAAAGAUGAUGUGGAUCUUAUGAAACACUAUCUGAGCCUUCUCCGGAAAUGGUGGCACGCGGCGGCAGCCUCUCCUGGGCUCGAGGGUCGCAGACGUGUGUGUGAGCAGCUCUUCCAAGGCGGAGAAGACGAGUUUGGUGUCAUGGAGGCACUCAAGCUCCUGAUGCUAGCCUGUGCCGUGGAAUUGCACGCCGCCAUGGAGAGGGGCAAAGACGUGCCAAUCUUCUGCUGGCUGCUAUUCUCCCGCUACACCUCCUCGUGCCCGCGCACGUUCCUGGCCAACCACCUGAGCCAGGUUGGCUUCAGUGGAGGCAUGGAGCAGGUGGAGAUGUGUCUCCUGGGUUACACACUGCACCACACCAUCAAGGUUUACCGCCUUUACAUGGCCAACAUGGCGGACUUCAUUAUCACUCAUUACCCGGAUGAUCACAUUCAGGACUGGCCCUCUGUCUGCCUGGUAACCGAGGAUGGCCGACAUUAUAACGUGGCAGUUGGCGAACCCGCCUGUCCUCAGGAGGACCUUUCCAGAGGACCUCACUGAUUGAUUGUUGACCCAAGUGACCAAGGUCCAAUCAUGGCCAAUUCAGGAUACUAUUUUACACCAUUCAUGUUACUUCAAUACAUUAUUUUCUCAGCAUUAUA